AUGGAUUCUGAUGGAGGACAGAGAACAAAGCAUCAUAGGAUUAAGGAACCUCGAAACCAUGAGCGAGAUUUCAGUUCAAACCUCCCUUAUGUUCCGCCUUAUAAGUUGGCCCGGAAGAUGAAAGAGGUCGAAGAUAAAAGUAGCAUCGAGUAUCAGAAGCUCACAUGGGAUGCCCUGAAAAAGAGCAUCAAUGGGGUAGUUAACAAGGUUAAUGCUGCCAACAUUAAGAAUAUAAUCCCUGAAAUUUUUUCAGAGAAUCUCAUUCGCGGCAGGGGCCUCUUUUGUCGAUCCAUUAUGAAGUCACAGAUGGCAUCUCCGAACUUCACAGAUGUAAUUGCUGCCUUGGUUGCUGUUGUCAACACCAAGUUCCCUGAGGUCGGCCAGAUAUUGUUGAGGAGAGUUGUCUUGAAGCUCAAGAUUGCAUUCAAGCGGAACGACAAGCCACAGUUACUAGCUGCAGCUAAAUUCGUCGCGCAUCUUGUGAACCAACAAGUGGCUCAUGAGAUUGUAGCAUUGGAGUUUCUCACUGUGCUGCUUGAGAAUCCUACCGAUGACAGUGUUGAAGUUGCUGUUUUGUUUGUGACAGAUUGUGGCGCAAUGCUUCAAGACGUUUCACCUAGAGGGCUGCGCGGCAUAUUUGAACGGUUUUUGGCGAUUCUUCACGAAGGAGAGAUUGACAAACGAGUUCAGUUUUUGAUUGAGGGCUUGUUAGCUCUAAGGAAAGCCAAGUUUAAUGGGUACCCGGCUGUUCGUCCAGAGUUGGACCUUGUAGAGCAAAAAUACCAGUUCACUCAUGAGGUUUCUCUCGAAGAUGAGAUAGAUCCAGAAGAUAUCCUUAAUCUUUUCAAGCCGGACCCCAAUUUCCUUGAGAAUGAGGGGCGCUAUGAAGAAGUGAAGAAAACAAUACUUGGUGAUGAGGAGUCUGAAGAUGGAGAUGUGGACAAUGAAGACGAUGAAUCUGAAGAAGAAGAAGAAGAAGAAGAGGAGGAGGAUCAGCAGCAUAUGCAAAUAAGAGAUGAGACAGACACGAACCUUGUCAAUCUUCGAAGAACGAUAUAUCUGACCAUCAUGAGUAGUCUAGGUUUUGAGGAGGCAGGUAAUAAGCUCCUUAAGAUUAAGCUCGAACCAGGCCAAGAGAUGGAGAUAUGCACUAUGCUCUUAGAUUGCUGCAGAGAGGAGAAAUACUACCGCCCAUUUUACGGUCUCUUGGGACAGCGGCUCUGCAUGAUCAGAAGAGUCUACCAGGAAAAUUUUGAGAGAUGUUUAGUACAGCAGUAUUCGAUGAUCCACCGCCUCGAAACACGUAAGGUCAAUACUGUUGCCUCAUUUUACGCACAUUUACUCUCAACCGAUGCUCUUCCAUGGCAGUGCUUAGCCUAUAUGCGACUAACUGAGGAGGAUACUACUUCUUCUUCUCGGAUUUUUAUCAAGAACCUUUUCCAGGAGCUGGCAUCACAGCUUGGCAUUCGUGAGCUUAAUCAGCGGCUCAAUGAUCCUGCGAUGCAAGAAAGUAUUGAGUCUAUUUUGCCGAGGGAUAAUCCGAGGAACUCCCGGUUCGCCAUAAAUUUCUUCACAGCAAUAGGGCUUGGUCCCCUCACUGAGAACCUGCGGGAGUAUUUGGAUAACCUGCCACAGCAUAUUAGGCAACAACAAAAAGAAGUAUCAGAGGAAGAAUCUGAGAGAUCUGAGGAAUCAGGACCAUCAAGCUCUGAUGAUGAAAGCGAAAGUGAUAGGGAUGAAAGGCGCAAGAAUAAACGUAGGAGAGCUUAG